AGCAGAGUCGCAAUCAAUUAAUUAAAAAAAAAAAAAAAAAACCCCCUCGGUUCAGAAUGGCUUUCGGAAGCGAGCCCCAGAAUCCCGUGUUCAAAGUAUUGGCUGAUAUCCAGCGAUACACCGACGUGUGCCCCAAUCCAGAAGAGUCGGACUUUUCCACAUGCCGAGCCAUGAGGAAAGAUGGAGGCCGUUGCCGGAAUCCUCCCUGCACGCAAUAUGAGCGACAUCACAGUCACGACUUGAUGUUUGAGUUCCGGGGCAUGACAGAGUGCCCUGACACGGACAGCUUCUAUAAUAAACUGGAGACCUUCAUCACCUAUUCGCAUUGCAAGAGAUGGCAUCGCUGGCCGGCUCUGGCAGCUUUCGAGCGUUGGAAAAAGGAGCGGAUCGCAGCCAGAUCCAAUGCUCGACAACGGUUCACGCCCGCUCGAGCUGUGGUACCACCAGCCCGCCCCUCAACUCCUCCACCGGCUAUACAACCAACAACUACGACAGUUAUACAGCCUCUCACAGCGGCAGCCCUCCAGCAACUGCCGACUAUUCCUACAACAUUUGUUCCUUCGGCAGCCAGCGCAACAUCCGACGGUGGCGAUUCUUUCGACAACAGCAUUCUGGAGACUCGCUCUGUCGCCAGUAAUGGAUCGACGUUCCUAAGCUCCCUUCCCAAUACUCCUCCACGCAAUGGACUUGUUUCAGGCAUGGAGAUCGAUGAUAUCGCGGAAGAAGAUGGAGCUGACUGGACCGCUGAUAAUGUCGCAAGGAUGCCAGAUUUGACUUUAACCUCGGGAGUCAAUGAUACAGCGGUAACGGAAAAGAAUGAUUCAGCCAGAGAAACCGCUGUUGAUGAGCUUGGCAUCAUUAGACUACAGCGCAAUGGCUCGCUAAGAGAUCACUCGCGGGUAUUCCAAGUCAUCAGCAGUCAUCCAACCGCCAAUGAGAUGAGUGAAGGUGUUGUGUACAUCUUUGAAGAUAACGACAACCCUUCUCUAUUCAAAAUUGGAUGGUCAAGCGAAAGCGCAGAAGAGACGCUAAAACAACCUAACAACUGUUAUGGAGUCAACACAAGAGUCGUUUACGAGACUCAAAGGUUCGCCGGUGCUCCCCACGCUGAAAAGCUUGCUCGAGUUAUUCUUCAGCAUGCCAAUAUUCGCGUUUUGUCAUGCGAGAAGUGCAAGGGAGGGCAUACAGAAUGGUUUUCUGCCCAAGCAGAAACUAUACGUCAAACAGUCAUUCAGGUUGAACAUUUUGUCCAGAUGCCCGCAUAUACUCUACAAGAUGGAGAAUACAAACUAUCACCAGAGGCAUACAGCCGCGUGGUGAAACAGAUGUGCGACUUUUCCAUAGACAAGAUGGGCGAGCUCAUGCACAAGAACCCUGAAGGCAACAAAGCAACCAAGUCGACUCUUGUGUUAUGUGAAUCUAUAUCCGUGGCUCCGCUCACACCACCCGAUACACCUCGUCCUAGUACCAAAGACAUAUUUUUCGAGACUCAGGAUGCCAAUGGGAGCCUUGUCUCAUUAUCAACGCAGACAAGCGGAAAGACUCGACUGUCGACAGGAACAAAAGUCGCAAGAAAGCUGAAACAUUUCGUAACGGCCAAAAACACAGUCAAAGAGUACUUGACCCGAUCUCGAGGAUCAACGCCCGAGGUGGAGAGCAGUGAGAAGCGCGCAUUUGGUGCAGUCUUUGUAGAUUUGAAAGGCAAGGCGCGCGGACUUGGUACAAAAGCGCGAGAAGAUGUGCGGGGAUUUCGCAGGGACUUCAAGGAAGAACUGCGCCGCAACGGCGAUGAGGCUGAAUAAAGUUCACAAAGCAGAUUGGGUUGGACAACGGGAGUGGAAGACAAAUUGUCGUAUUCUAAAACAUGGCGGUUCGGCGUUGAUACCCUGUAAAUUUACAUGUACACAACUUUUCUUAGUCGCAGCUCAGCCAUACGAGGCUCUUCAUACACUCUUUCGUCAAUUGAACAUAUUUCACAGCACGUA